GCGGCCCACAUUACUUAAGCCUGCCGCGUAACUCCCCGUACGCUUUCUCGUGCAAAAAUGCUUUUAAUGUAACAACAAUUACACGCGAACAAAAACUAAACUCGAUCGGCGGCAACUAGUGUCGGUACGAGCGAGUCGUCGGCGUCGCGUCUCAAAGGGACUCUCGUUUGAGUUGUUUGAGCCUUAUUUGGAGUGUUCAUACGGGUAGGCCUCGUCGGAGCCUUACGUGUUUCCUGAGCAGCCUGCCCGCGGUCAUGUGAGACCGGCGAGCCGCGGGGACCCGGGACCCGCACCUCGGGGGGGGGGGGGGGGGGUCGUUGGACGCUCACGAAAGCUGUCGGUCUCAUACAUACGGAAAUAUAUACAUGGACACAUAUACACUUUAAUAGCUCCACAACUAUGUGCACGUACAUAUACGUUUAAAGUAUAGUGUACAUACACGUAGACACGAAUACAAAUGCUAUUACGGUACAGUCAUAAAUAACUACACGCAUAACGACACAAUCAUACAAACACUUCUUUCAUAGACACGCACAGACACCUCCACACAGUUGUACACCCGAACAUACGCGUCCAUACACCUACAAACACACGUGUACUCUCAUACACCUACACAAUACGUAUACCGGGACACACGUGUACUCGCACAAUAUACCCAGACACACACACGUGUACUUACACACCUAGACACACAUACCUACAUACACGUGUACUCGCACACCUAGACACACACACCCACACACGUAUUCUCUCACACACCUACACAAUAUACCCAGACACACCUACACACGUGUACUCACACACCUAGACACACACACCUACAUACACCUGUACUCACACAUCUAGACACACACACCUCGACACACCUACACACACGUGUACUCUCACACACCUACACAAUAUACCCAGACACACACCUACACACUUGUACUCACACACCUAGACACACACACCUACAUACACGUGUACUCUCACACAGCUACACAAUAUACCCAGACACACACCUACACACGUGUACUCACACACCUAGACACACACACCUACAUACACGUGUACUCACACACCUAGACACACACACCUACAUACACGUGUACUCUCACACAGCUACACAAUAUACCAUCCGCCAUGCUUCGCCGCGCCAGAAUCAGCGUGAAGCCGAACGUUCGUCCCAGCACGGGCCGGGCGGGAGCCGGCAUCGUCGAGUCAGGCAGCCGGGACCGCGGGGGACAGAAAGCCGAGGGAGCCGAGGUAGCCGGGGAAGCUCCCGAGGCGACGCCGGCAGCUCCAGAGACUCAAGCCGCCACGUCACGGACACCACCAAGCCGGACUGUCGAGACAGACUCCGAACGCCGGCUACCGGAGGAGGCUGCUGCUGCUGCUCCGGCCACUGCGACUCCUGCUGCUGCUGUUGCUCCUACUAAACUGAUUGCUUCUCCUGCUGCUCCUGUUUCUUCUACUUCUACCACUGCUUCUUCAGUUGCACCUAUUGCUGAAGCUGGUGCCUCUACCGCUGCUGCUAGUUCUGGUCUUGUUGCUUCCACUGCUGCAGCUGUUGCUCCUGAUGUCUUGAUUCCUCUGGGUGCUGAUAAUCUCGUUGCGUCUGCAGAUGACAACGCUGCUGCUGCUGAUGUAGUUGCAACGCCUGCUGCAUCUGUUGAUACCGAUGCAGACGUUGUUACUUCAGCUGCCCCACUCACUUCUGUCACUCCACAUUCCAGCCCUUCGAUUGUUGCUGUACCUCCGACUCUUGCUGCUACUGGUGCUGCAGUUCCUUCUGCAGACCUUGCACAUUCAGCUGCAUCUAAUCCUGCCGCACAUUCUCCGCCAUCUGCUCAUACCGUUACUGCUCCACCUGUUGCUAUUUCUCUUCUUACUGAAACUAUUUCUGCAAUUACUCCUACAACUACUGCUGCUGCAUCAUCUACUGCUGCGUGCAGUGCUGCACGCUCGCAGCAGCACGCCACGGCAGGAGAUGAGCCAAUGCGCCCGGGCCCUGACUCCAAUUUGCUUUCUUCAUCUGCUGAUGCCUUCGAAGAAGCCACAACGUUGUCGAUUGCUGCUGCUGCUUCUGCGCGCCACCACCGCAGCGCCCGUGCUCCCGCCACCGCUGCCGCCGCCGCCACCCCCUCAAGACCGGACGCUGGAAAGCUGCUGCCGCAGUCUCGCCGUAAGCGCCUGUCCGCCGCGCCGAUCAUCCCUCGCACCCGGGCAGCCGCUCACGCUCCUGUUCCAGCCGGUCCUGCCAAGAAACCACCGGCCUCGCUUCCUGCCGAGAAUGGGACCGCCAGCAAGCUCACCGCCGCAGCCACCGUCGAAGGACCUCGUGACCCGUGGGGGUUGUCGACCAGUGAGGCAUCCGGUGAAGUGUCGCCGGCAUUGCCCGUCAAACCGCCUACCGGCGAGACGCAAUAUUCACCGGUUGGCCCCUCGGGUGCGGAUGCAGUGGAGGCGGUGGACCAUGCACAGGAGGUAUAUGAAAGGUCACCAAUGGUGCCUGACUGGCGUGUGACGGAUAGUGAAACUCCUGGCCCGGUAACUUUAGCACAGCUUGGAGUGAGCGCUCAGGAACCGGCAAGCGGGGCAGUGAAGUGUGCUGCUACUAUCGGAGCCGAUGCCGAAACGCCACCGGUAGCGCAAUCAGCAGAGGUUUCCGGAGCUCCCGGGAGCACCGCAGCUUUGCCGGGCAGGCCUGCGGAGCCGAGCAGGAGUGAGAUUUCAAAGAAGCUGCUAGCGUCGCUGAAGAAGAGCCUGCUGAAGCCGCCGGCAUUGUCGGUGAAGGCCGCACCGGCGGGAGCCGAUGACGACGACGACUACGACGACGACUCCGGGACGGCGGUGGUGACCGCGCGAGAUGGCUCGGCACGGCCUGGGACCGCCGGUGGUGCCGGUGGUGGUGGGGGAGGCGGAGGAGGGGCGAGCGGGACCAAUGCUGGCAGGACCCAACCAAGGCCCAACUUUAAAAAGUCGUCGCGUACGGUGCAAAAGACAGCUCGGGAGCUGGCUGAGAAGACCGAGGCUAAGAAGGCUGCCCGCAAGCUGGCGUGGCGCACGUGGGAGCAGCACCAGUCGGCCCCCGACCGCUCGCAGAUGACGAUGAAGGACCUGCUCUACUGGGUGCCCAGAAACAACCCCAUGCUCCGUCUCAAGUCGGAGGAUGGGAAGCUGCUGCCGGAAAAGCGCUUCGACAAGUACCCCAAGGGCGAUCGGUCGGCGGCUCACGGCGACGGCGGCAGCGGCGGCUCCCUCGAGCUGACCCCUCCUGACGGCCCCACCUCCCCGCUGCCGCCGCUGCCACCCCCGGAUUGUUCGAACGAUCCGGCUCCUUCCCCGAGCCCCGCUGCCGCUCCCGCCGCCGGCGUCCCUGCUCCUCCGUCCGACGCCGCCGCCGCCGCUGCCUCGAACGCGUCUGUCCCGUCCACCCCGUGCGCGCCGGCGUCGAGCGACUCGCCAGCGGACGUCUCUCCGGCGGCGGCGGCUGCGCCGUCGCUAAGCCCCGCGGGCGACGCGCAGUCGCUGCUCGUGCCGCAGGUCAGGGUCGCCGAGGACGGCUCCAUCGUGCUCAACGAGGACAGCCUGAUGGUGGAGGUGUCGCGCACGGAGGGGCUGCCCCCCGUGUCGGACUGCGACCCCAUCCACGAGUACGGCUCCCACACCACCUACUCGAGCUUCCGCAAGAGCUACCACGCCAAGCAGUGGGGCCUCCUAGAGACCGAGCUGUUUUUCCUGGCCAUCAGCAUGGUCGGCAUGGACUUCUCCAUGAUCGGACAGCUCUUCCCCAACCGCUCGCGCGUCGACAUCAAGAACAAGUUCAAGCGCGAGGAGCGGUGCAAUCCCCGCAAGAUCGACCAGGCUUUCCGCAACAAGUUGCCGCUGGACGUGUCGUGCUUCGAGACGCUGCUGCAGGAGUUCGAGCGGCAGAAGACGGAGGCGCUCAAUCGGGCGCCCGACUCCAAGGGCAGGCGGCGGCGCAAGUACCACCCAAAGAAGACGGGGCGACGCAGGAGCGACGCGGACAGCGACGACGGCGACGCCGACUGCUGGAGCGAGAGCGGCGGCGAGAGCGGGACCGGAGCGGCGGCCACCGAAACCCGAGCCAGAACCGCCGCCCAGAGCGCGACGGAGAGAGCGAUCGGAGCGUCGGCUGCCACCCAAAACGGAAUCGGAACGGAAAUCCGAACCGGGACCAGAACCGUCACCGAAACUCAAACGGGAACCGAGACGCCGACCGGAACGGCGACUCCAGGAACCGGAGGGUCCACGGCGGUCCCCGAGCCCCCGCCGCCCCCCCCCGCGCCCAGUGGCCUGGAGGAGGCGGAGCUGCUGCUGUCGCUGGGCUGCGAAAUCGCUCGCGGCGCCGGCGCCGGCACGGGCGCGGAUGCGGGCGCCCCGGCGCCAGAACCGUCCCCCGAGUUGGUGGUGGAAUCGGCAGAACGCCGAGACGAGCGCAGUGGGGGUGACGAAGACAUCGACGACGAAGAAGAUUUUGAGCGUGUCAAAGAGAGGAUGUUGAGUCACCCGACGAGGUCCGGGCGCAGGCCCAAGCCCACGGCGUUCUACAGCACCGGCUCGGCGGGACCCGGCGGCGACACGCCGGUCAAGGAAGGGGGGGGGGCGGCCAAGCGGCCGCGGCGACGCGAGGCCCAAGACCCCGCGGCCCCAGUGAGGCCCAAGCCGAGGCCUAGCACGUGUGCACGGAAGCCGCCGCUGCCGCCGAUGAGGCCUCCUCGUCGGGACGCGACGGACAAGGCGACGGUGCUGGCAACUCGCGGCCGGGGGGGCCUGGUGACUCUGCGUGCCGUGCUCCCUCCCGAGGAGGAGGAGGAGGGGCGGGGUGGGGGGGACCGCGCCAGCGAGCGGCGCCACCGCGCCAGCUGUCUUGCGGCGGCGGCGGCGACGCCGGCACCCCCCGUGAGGCCGGAGCACAUGAGCUGCGCGCCAGCGUUCGUGCCGGUGUGCCUGCGCUCCCCCGAGCCGCAGCCGCUCACGGAGCACAUGGAGGAGCAGGUGGAGCUGUCGGAAGGCGACGCGAUGCUGGAGGAGCUGGUAGUGACGUGCGUGGAAGAGAUGGUGGUCGCCGAUGACGACGAUGGUCUGGAGGAGGAGGAGGCGGCGGUGGAGGAGGAGUCCGUUGACCCCGGCAGCGACGCGUGCGGUCUGCACGUCGAGCAGAACUGCAGCGUCGUGAUCACUGACGACGAACACUUGAGGGUUAAUGAAGCGUUCGUGUACGAGAUGAUGGAGCAGGCGGGCUUCGGGAGCAUGCAGGACGCCUACGUGUCCUCGCAGGAGGGCGACGGGGGUGGCAGCGCUCCCACAAUGCUUUGCUUCAUGAUGUGCGAGGGCGGGGAGACUGACGCAGCGUUCCAGCUGGCCGGGGGGGACGGUGGUGACGCCGCGGGGGCGGCACCGGAGGUUGAGCACCUCUCGCUCGCCGCGGUGGCGGACGAUCAGGAGGGCCAGGAAACCUCCACGGAGACGAACAACGCGAAGAGCGCGGCGAUGGAGGGCGGCGGCGUUCCGCCCGGCGACUGGGAGGGGGCGGCACCCACCAUCUCGGAUGGUCACAUGACCUCGUGGGCAGCACCAGUGGGCGCGCCGAGCCCCGAGUGGCCUCUCGCCGCCGCCGCCGAGGCCGCGCCGGGCUCGCCGGAAACACCGGACGUCUUGCCGAGGGAGGCCCCGAGCGGCGCGAGCGGCGACCUCCUGACCCCCGAGUCGGGCCUCGACACCGUCGAAGAGGAGGGGGGUUCGGUCGCCGAGCCGGCCGAACCAACGGUUCCAACCGUGCCGGUGUCAGUUUUAACUGAGGCGGCCGGCUCUGGGGUCGCGGUUGACGACGGUGGCCAGGCCGAUCCGGUGCAACUGCCGGCAACCGCGAUCGCCGGCGAUGCAGGCACGGUACCGCGGCCCAGGAGGCCUCGUUCCGACGUGGCAGACGGCCCCCCGGCGAAACGGCACGCCGCGGACACCACGCCGGGCCCGCCGGAAGCUUCAGACGUCCCGUCGAGAGAACCCGCGAGCGACUCCGACGAACUGACCCUUGAGUUGGGCCGCGGCACCGGCAAAGACGAGGCGCCGGUCGCAGAAUCGGCCGACCCCGUCGUCUCGCCGGCGCCGCCCGGUUCGACCGAGGCGCCGGCUGCCGACGACGACGGACGGUCCGAUUCGGCGCGACCGCAGCCGACUCGGAGCGCCGGCGAUGCCAAGAAGGGCGGCGCCGACGUGACGCCGCCGGCCAGGAGGGCGCGCUUCGCCAAGCCCAGGCCGAACCUCGCCGCGUGCAGCGCGCGCCGGCCGGCGGGGUCGGCCGGCACGGCUAAGCCGGCGCAGGUCGGCCCGCUGGGAGCGGUGAAGUGAAUCCGGCGCGUGGACAAAGUCGAUGCAGAGACACUGGUGCCCAGGAGGGGAUCGGCGGAGUGGCUUCUUCUCAGUCGGCAUCGUGACUGAGGUCUGAGCCGGCUCGGCUAGCGGAGGCGCCGGCGGCGCCGGGGGGCUGGGCGGGAAGGCCGGGCCCGGCGGAGUAGAGAGAGACGCGAUCGUGAACCUCGCGUUCUCAUGCCACUCUCGUCAACACACACAGGCACACACGCGCACGCGUGUACGGCCGCGCUAACGACGGCGAGCGGACUUUAAAUUGUCGGUGCGCAGCUCGUGUUUGUGUGUUUUUUUCCUUCACCACGCAUUCUUUUUUUUUACGAUAAUUUUCACCGAACGUGUACCCCGCCCUUUGCCGUCGCGGCGUCGUCAGAUGGAUGCGGCGACCGCUCAGAGGUCUCGCGGUGGAGGAGAAAAAAACGUCGCCGAACUACUUCUGAAGGUCCCCUUGACAUUUCGUCGUAUCCACGCCUGCGUCGGUGCGCCUACUCGCACGCUCUGCCCCGGACGUGUUUGUCACGCGGCAAACCGGAAAUGCCGUGAAUCCUCGUAAUAUCUGGAAAUACGCCAAAAUAAGUGAAAACCAAACCGCGGUGCGCGUGUAUAAAUGUGUUUGUGUUUGUGUCGGUAACCGGGCUGAGACCAUCGGCUCUCCGCGACGUCUCCGUCUUGAAGCCCGAACUAGAGCCCAGGAUCCUCGGCGGUGCCGGCUACGUGUCCGUGACGCGCGAUGACGGCGGUGAGCCGCCGACCGCCUCCAACCGCAUUCAUCUCCCCGCGAACACGAUUGAUCAAUUGCGUUUGCCGUGGUGUGUACCAACGUGCGCGCCAGGUCGCCCCGUGUGGAUGCAGGACUACGUGUGCGGGUGGUUGGCAUGAGAGGGCAGUACCAGCAGAAUCCAUAUUUAUACCGUACUUCUAUGCUCCCCUCCCGAUCCCCCCACUGCCUGCGGCACACACUGACCAGCAUAGUGAAGUCUGGUCAAACGACUCCCAGGACCUGUACCCCCGUCCGACAUGAACUGUCCGUGUGCACGCGUGUCCAUGUGCACGCCGUGUACGUGUGUCGCACGCACAAUCAUUUGGCUCAUCGAAGCCCUCCCGUGUGACAGACGAAGUGAGCUUCAAGAGAAGCGUUUUUUGAGGAGUUGUGAGUUUGUUGUCCCAGAAUUUUAUUGUAGACACAUUGACAUUAUCGAGAAAAACAAAACAUUGUAUUUAUAAAGUCUCUGCGCGUCUCUCCCACCAAUCUCAACGCAGUUCGGGCCACGGCUGAAUUCAGUACCACAGGUGUUUGCAAAUUAAUUUGACGGAUGGGCUAUUGCAUAAUUCUUGUCCAUUGGCGAUUUAAAGUUGAGUCUUUUUUUUGGUAGCGAAAGGUUAAAUAUUUGGCCUGGCCUCGGACUAAGUUAUUAAAUCUUCUAACUCUCUCCCCCUGUAAGACCGGGCUGGAGCCAUCGCAUCCAAAAUAUUCAGCCGCAUGUUGGGAAGUCUCCGAGUUGCAUUAUAAAUCAGUGGGGCAUCUGGAAGUUACCACAUUUUAUUGGAGUCGUUUCCAGUGUGUUCAGGAAAGCCUCGAGUGAGUCUCAUGAAUUUCAAGAGGGGGGUCUUACUAUUGUAACGUUGGGCCAAUUCCUUGUUUAGUAUUUUAGUUUUUCACCUUGCACCAAAAAAUAACUUGGGAAGAGCAGUCGGCCGGUGGGUUAUCAAACCGCGCGACGAACUCGGUGAGCCGCAGUUGGAUUUCCGGCCACGGCUAACGUCACCAGGCCUCGGCUUACUCCCCGCUCCCCCCACCCCCGCACAAACCAGCGUGGUGAAGUAUGAUCAAGCAACCACCUCAGCUGACGCGGCGUAGGGAGGUCUUCAUCCAGCAUUGAUUUUACAAAGGCUUGGAAGUUGUAUAUUAUUGCUAUCUUACGCGAAUUAUAAGAAGAAAAAUAAUCAUUUCAGGCUGCACCAAGGAAGGGGAGGUUUGGAGACCGAUCCAGUGAUGAUUCCGACAGUGUUUUUCGUUUUGUAAAACCUUUUUAAUUUAUUGUCGCUUACGUUAUUUAAUUCGACGUUGAGUAGCUGCCGUGUCGCGGUGCUGACCGAUGUUUGUUGUUCCUGGCGCCGCCUGUCCCAAUCUUCGCGCUCUCAUCACCGCGCCCCGUGCCGUCUUGUGGCUGCUGAAGGGAAGACGCGAGAACUCGCGGCUCUGUUUGCCACCGUAAAACACGAGCCGUGCCGCCUACGUCGGGACUGUCUGAACGGACAUUGCGUCAGUCCGUGGGCCAGAGGUCGCAAACGGGUUUUGAUUCCUUACCCGUACCCGGCCACACCAGGGUCGCAAACGGCUACCCGUACCCGUACCCGGCCGGGUACGGGUAGUUGGGUAUCGGGUAGGGUACGGGUAUCGGGUACCCGGUUGCGACCUCUGCUGUGGGCUGAAUAACAGUGUACAAUGGAGAGUUUUUAACCCCCCCCCCCGCAUCUGGCCCUGCUUGGCCCCAGACCAGAUUGCAUGCGUCUUGCGAAGCCCCCUCCUCCCCCCAGCGUAUGACGCUUUGGUGCUGGCUUGAAAAAUGAAAUUAAAAUGAAUAAAAAUAAAAUAAUCAUAAUAAAAUUAACUUAUAAAUUUUAAUUUCAUUUUUUACCUACGUGACUUUACCGAAAAACCUAAGAGUGAAUCCUUGCAGUCACGAAAGCUUCAAAUCUAGUGGAAAACCACCCGUACCACGAGGGGCGGGCCCCCCUCUUUGGCUCCGAGACCUGAGGCUACGGUGGCGUGACAUCACAAGCGCGUUGUGUAGCUAGCGGUGCUGCUACGCUGGGACCCACAGGCCGGAUGGGCCCCCAGAGAAAUUGGACGGAGCGGGGGGGGGGGGGGGCAGGCCUCAUUUCAAUUCCUUGCACGGGGGGGCCCACCUGUGUGCCCGGUUGCAUGAAGGGUAAAUUCAUGAACCUGCGAUUGUAGAAACGUGUCCACUGGCUGCCAUGUUUUCCAGAGUGUUGCUGGAUAAUCGAGGAGAAGAAAAAAUCGCUUGGCACGCGCUGUGUUUGUUGUUCGGCAUGAUGUCUGACGUUUUGCUGCGGCAACCGCGUCCCUGAAGAUCCUCUCGAUGUGCGGCUUGACCCGAACGCGCUCCAGCGAACCAUGUAGCACAACCGUCAAAUAGUUGUCAAAAGAGUAAAUCGCUUGAUUCGAUUGAGAAAAUAACCACUGGAGUUUUUAGAUCCAACACUUGAUUAAUCCGGCAUUAAAACAAGCUUAUUUUGUUGCGUUGACUUGAGUAUUAUGCACGUUUUGAUUGUGUUUUUAAAUUUGCGGUGCCAUUCGUGGAGAUGUGCGCUAUGAACUUAUUUAAACAAAUUUUUAUGCUGCCACUAAUGUUAAAGCACCGGACCUCUUAACAAUGGAGAUUUUACAGAUGUGUGAGAAACGUCAGCUCCGAAGCUACGCUCGGGAUUUAUCAAACAAACCUUUGUAUGUUUUUGUACAAAAGAAUACGUAAUAUGUACAGCGCAAAUCAAAAGUGCUCACUGCCUAUGUUAAUAAAUCUUGCUUGCAAUGUUUACA